UAAGACGCUGGGUCUAACUUUAUCCGUACUGAAGGCGAACAGGCCGCUUGGGUUUGCCUAGAUGUUUACAAACGGGAUCCGUUGUCUUUUACUGUUAGUUUGUGGCCUCUACUUUGCACAAUGUUACGACUCAACAGGGUUGUCGGAGUAUGGGAAAAAUUCACUCUAUAACAGUGGUCAAAGAUUUGACACAACCCCUUCCAGUGCCUGGGAUUGGCUGAGAAAUAUAAAAGUAAAGAGAGAAAAGGGAAUGUUAUCCAUCGGUGUUUACUGGUCGCAUCCGUGUACAAAUAAUUCAAAAGUUGGAUCUGUCAAAAUUCAUAAAAUGGUAAGCAAGAAUCAUCAAGAAGAUACCUACCAAGGUCUGACAGAAAUAGGCUACUUCGCCUUCGAUAGGAAUGAAAACAUUGAACUGUGUUCCUUUACCAUCCAUAUAGCAGCAACACGAUGUCCCAGUUUUGUGCUGGGCCCUGGCUUAAUUAGAGUGUGUACAGAUUACGAUGACAGAUUAGGAAGCAAGUGUGAAUUUGAUUGUAAAAGUGGAUAUAGCCUCUUUGGUGAACAUCAACUGGAGUGCCAAUACGAUGGCAGAUGGAAUGGGGAACUUCCAUUGUGUAAAGAGUUUUGCCCGCCACUUCCUGCAAAAAAUGAAAGUUUCUCGUACAUUUGCACCAAUGAGUUUGAGUAUGGAAGCGAAUGCUCAUUUAUAUGCCCACCUGGAUUUGACAUUCCUCAAGGAGAGAACAGAUUAAAACUUUGUACAAACGAUGGAAAUUGGCAGGGAUCGUUUCCACCCUGUAUUGAUGUAUCAAAAUCAAAAAUACUAAACUGUAACCCCUUUGCCGAUGGUACAGCGGAUAAAAAUUCUAGUAGUGGAAGGAUAUACUGGGAUGAACCAUCUGUGUAUGAUAACGCUGACAAAAUCAUUACCUUAAAAAAGACUGGGGGAAUUUCUCCUGGAGACAAAAUUGAGGCUGGUACAUAUCAAGUAACAUAUACAGCCGUGGACCAGUCAGGCAACAAAUCCAGACCAUGUACAGUGACAUUAUCUAUGAAAGUGUAUUCUUGUCCACCUUUGUUUGACAAUAAUUUCCUGUCUGUGAACUGUCCUUGGGGAUAUCGAUAUGGCGCGCAGUGUUAUUUUUCAUGUAGAAUCGGAUCUGUAUUGGUGGGAACCAACAUUACAAACUGUGUCAAGAGUAGGAAUGGAAAGUAUGUCGACUGGGAUUUUGGGAAAACAUAUCCCUAUUGUGAAGUUUUUCGGGCUUGUGCUAACGACCCUAUUCCACCAAAGAAUGGCGCUGUUGCCUGUGAUUCGUGGUUGGAUGGAAAGUUUUGCCAGGUUCAGUGUCAGAAAGGGUUUGACUUUAAGCCUGGAUACCCUUUUUAUGAGAUGUUGGUCUGCGGAAACAGUGGAAAAGACCAUGGACAGUGGAUACCAGAGAAUGCCCUUCCUAUUCCAGAUUGUUCAAAACAGAACGACAUAAAUACAGCGACAACAAAAAUGGACUCUUACUACGAUGGGGAUUGUACAAAUGCUGAUGUACAGGAAAACAUUCGACAAAACUAUAUAAGUUCUUUGUCGAAUUCUACAUUCAAAGAAGUCUGUCUGAGAUAUACAAGUCAGUGCAAAACUGAACAUGUCAAGAUACUCUGUGGCGGUACUAUGGGAAGAAAAAAUCAGCAAAAUCUACAGUGAAGCAGACAUUUGAUCCUGACUUAAUUAUUCGCCCACCCUAGCUGUUGGAAGGGUAAUGUAAAAUGUAGAGGAUCUUUCUUUUAAUGCGAAUUGAAAAAAUGAAAAUUCCUCAGUGGAAUGUCAAAGACAAAUGUAACAUCUUUUUAAGAUUGAUUACUGUUUGAUCUCUUUAUACUUAUUCCAUUGUUGCUGAAUACUAGAUUAACAAUUUUGUUAAUUCCUGAUCUUUGUAAUUAUAUUGUUUUGCGGAAUAAAAACUUAAUUUGUCAGUAUAUUAAGU